AUGCUGACCGCACAGAGGUCAUGUGCAGCGAUGGCCGUCCGGCACCUGGUUAGAGCUUCUGUCUCCUCUGCACACACACGCUGCUCUCUGAUCCACACCUCCACAACAUGCCAGGACCAGGCUGAGCUGCUUCCUGAAUGGGUCAGUUUGGCUAAGAAACAGCUGAAGGGGAAGAACCCAGAGGAUCUGAUCUGGCGCACGCCUGAGGGAAUCAACGUGAAGCCUGUGUACACCAAAGCAGACUCAGCCGGCAGGGCAGAUGAAUUGCCAGGAGUGUUUCCCUACACUAGAGGGCCCUAUCCCACCAUGUACACCUACAGACCUUGGACUAUCAGGCAGUAUGCUGGCUUCAGCACUGUGGAGGAGAGUAACAAGUUCUAUAAAGAUAACAUAAAAGCUGGACAGCAGGGUCUUUCCGUGGCUUUUGACCUCCCGACACACCGUGGUUAUGACUCAGACAACCCCCGAGUCCAUGGAGAUGUCGGCAUGGCGGGAGUUGCUAUAGACUCCGUUGAAGACAUGAAGAUGCUCUUUGAUGGAAUUCCACUGGAGAAGAUGUCUGUUUCAAUGACAAUGAAUGGAGCUGUCAUUCCUGUGCUGGCGAUGUUUAUUGUGACUGGAGAGGAGCAGGGCGUGCCCAAAGCCAAACUAACUGGCACUAUUCAAAAUGAUAUUUUGAAGGAGUUUAUGGUGCGCAACACUUACAUUUUCCCCCCGGAACCUUCCAUGCACGCCAUUGCAGACAUCUUCGCUUAUACCUCCCAGCACAUGCCCAAGUUCAACUCCAUAUCCAUCAGUGGCUACCAUCUUCAGGAAGCUGGAGCGGAUGCCAUCCUGGAAGUAGCCUACACCAUCGCUAACGGCUUGGAGUACUGCCGCACUGGUCUGACAGCAGGCUUAACCAUCGAUGAGUUUGCCCCGAGGUUGUCAUUCUUCUGGGGUAUUGGGAUGAAUUUCUACAUGGAAAUUGCCAAGAUGAGGGCAGCCAGGAGGUUAUGGGCCAUGCUCAUUAAAGAAAACUUCCAGCCCAAGAAUGCCAAGUCCCUCCUGCUCCGCACACAUUGCCAGACCUCAGGCUGGUCUCUCACUGAACAAGAUCCGUACAACAAUGUGAUCCGUACGGUGAUCGAGGCUAUGGCAGCUGUGUUCGGGGGCACACAGUCCCUCCACACCAACUCGUUCGAUGAAGCUCUGGGCUUGCCCACAGUGAAGAGCGCUCGCAUUGCAAGAAACACCCAGAUCAUUAUCCAGGAAGAGUCCGGCAUCCCCAAAGUCGCUGAUCCCUGGGGGGGCUCGCACAUGAUGGAGGCUCUCACGGAUGACGUCUACAACACAGCUUUGAAGUUCAUAAAAGAGAUUGAAGAGAUGGGAGGCAUGGCCAAAGCUGUGGCAGAGGGCAUUCCAAAACUUCGGAUAGAGGAAUGUGCUGCUCGCAGACAAGCCCGCAUCGACUCGGGAUCAGAAGUCAUUGUCGGGGUGAACAAGUACCGUCUGGAAAAAGAGGAGACUGUGGAGGUGCUGGCUAUAGAUAACACUGUUGUACGUGAAAAACAGAUUGAAAAACUGAAAAAGGUGAGGGAGAGUCGUGACCCCGAGGCAGCCAAGAAGUGUCUGGCAGCCAUUGAGGAGUGUGCCCGAACCAGGGAGGGCAACCUUUUAGCCCUGGCUGUGGAGGCAGCAAGAGCAAGAUGUUCAGUUGGUGAAAUAACUGAUGCCAUGAAGAAAGUGUUCGGUGAACACAAGGCCGGUACCAGAAUGGUGAGCGGUGCUUACCGCAGCGAGUACGGGGAGCAUGAGGAGAUUGCCUUGUGCCUUAAUAGAGUUACAGAUUUUAAGAAGCACGAGGGCAGGAACCCCCGACUGCUGGUGGCAAAGAUGGGCCAGGAUGGUCACGACAGGGGUGCCAAAGUCAUCGCCACGGGGUUUGCUGACCUGGGCUUUGAUGUGGACAUCGGGCCGCUGUUUCAGACUCCCCUUGAGGUUGCCCAGCAGGCGGUCGAUGCAGACGUACACUGUGUCGGGGUCAGCACGCUUGCCGCAGGACACAAGACUCUGGUCCCAGAACUCAUCAAGGAACUACGGAAACUUAACAGGCCAGAUAUCCUGGUCAUCUGUGGAGGUGUCAUCCCACCACAGGACUACGAGUUCUUGUACCAGAGCGGUGUGUGUGCCAUCUUCGGCCCAGGAACCAGGAUCCCACAAGCUGCAGUGGAGGUUAUUGACAACAUUGAGAAGAGCCUGGAAAACAUCCGUCAGGCCAUGUGAAGGCUUUGGUGGGUGGGGGAACGACAACUUUAAGAACUGUCUAUUUGUGUUGUAUCAACGACAAAAGUCACAAGUGAGGGCUCACACUUCUGUAUGUUUCAUUUAUAGCAUAAGAUUGUGAAAAACAAACAAACAUGUAAUUCCCCACCAUGAGGACAGAGCAUGUACAACAGUCAAAAUGAUUAAAGAAAAUUGCAUAGUUUUUCCUUUUGUUCAUCACUCAAAAAAAUCCUUUCACACGUGACUUCUUCAGUUGGAUAAAUGGUGAUUUUAUUAAUUAUUUCACCCUUUGAAGUAAUUAAAUCAUGACUGUGUGAAUUGCAGUGGUUACAGGUUCAAUGUUUAAUAUCCUAGGAAUUCCAGAAUAUCAGUGGGAACCCUGACUCUUGAUCAAUACUUCAGAGUAUACUAAGAUAGGAUAAGAUAUACUUAUUGAUCACAGGAGGGAAAUUCAGGAGUUGUAGCAGCACCGGCAAUGAGAAUGAACACAGGAGAGCUAAUAGGCAGUACCUCAAUAUUUAUGACUGAAAUUUAUUAAAUUAGACUAAAUUACAACUUGUUCCCACACUUGAUAAACACUAUGUUAGGAUAUGCUAAACAAACGUAAUACAGUGCUGUGUGACAUUGGCUUGAGAUGAGCAUUUUUUUGCCACCCAAUAUAAAACAUUACAGCACAGUGCUAUAAACCUACUUAAAAUGUAAUGCUUUUAUUGUGAAAUUUGUGUGUAUUUUUCAAUUUCCUAGCGGGGUUUGAUUAUUGCCGUUAUUAGUGCUGUGGAGACAGAUAGGCAGAAAUUCAACAACUACCACUGCCUUUUAUCAUGGGUAGUAUCUUGAAAGUGGCCUUCUGAUGUCUUCUCUUGCUUCUUUGCGUCAUGUUUAAUUUAACCAACAUCACAAUUUAUGAAACUGUAGUUUUUUUUCUACUUGUGAUACUGAUUCAGAUCAAACACUCUUUAGUCUAAAUAAAGUAUGUGAAUAUUGGCAA